AUGGGCCAUGUUUUUGCCUUGCACCAUACAAUCCACCUAUCAGCCUUCCCCCCUAGCCCCCUCCUACAGCCAUACAAUCCACCUAUCAGCCUUCCCCCCGAACCCCUCCUUCAGCCAUACAACCCGCCUAUCAGCCUUCCCCCUCAACCCCCUCCUACAGCCAUACAAUCCACCAAUCAGCCUUCCCCCAACCCCCUCUUACAGCCACAUAAUCCAUCUAUCAGCCUUCCCCCCAACCCCCUCCUACAGCCAUACAAUCCACCUAUCAGCCUUCCCCCCAACCCCCCUCCUUCAGCCACACAAUCCACCUAUCAGCCUUCCCCCAACCCCCUCCUACAGCCAUACAAUCCACCUAUCAGCCUUUCCCCAACCCCCUUCUACAGCCAUACAAUCCACCUAUCAGCCUUCCCCCCAACCCCCCUCCUACAGCCACACAAUCCACCUAUCAGCACCCCCAACCCCCUCCUACAGCCAUGCAAUCCACCUAUCAGCCUUCCCCCCUAA